GUUUUACCCUCAAUAAAACUGCGUCCUAUCCGCAGAACCGACAGUUAGCACGGACUUUUCGAGUUCUUUUGCAGUCCUCCUAUUACCUACCUAAAUUGUUGUUGUGAAAGAAUGAUAACCAACCUUUUGUGUUGACGCCAUAGCUAUCUUGGCCACUAAAUAAUUUGAGGCUAGCUAACGCCAUUCGACGAUUUUACAUCCGUUUGUGGUGUCUUGGAUAACUGCGUUAUCCGUCGAACUCACAUUUCUUUAUCGAUCAUUUCUGAAUGCAAUAACGACAAUGAGCCAAGGCUACGGAACCAAAGCUGAAAUGGUACCUGAGGUAACGGCAGCAGCCAGCUUCGUCUCCCGACUGUUGAGAACAACAGGUUUCCUCAGUGAGCAGCAACUGCAAUUUUUCAGCGACUGCUUACAGCAGGCAUUAUCGGAGCACUAUAAGCACCACUGGUUUCCAGACAGACCACAGAAGGGCUCGGGCUACCGUUGUAUUCGGAUAAACCAUGAAAUGGAUCCCAUCAUUAGCAAAGCUGCCUGUCGAAUUGGCUUAAGCAGCCAGAAGCUGUUUCGACUGCUACCGAGAGAGCUGACUCUCUGGGUUGACCCUUAUGAAGUUUCCUAUCGCAUCGGAGAAGACGGAUCCAUCUGCGUCCUCUACGAGGCUGAAGUACCCGCAGCCAACUCAGGAUCCAGCAACGGCAACACUUUGUACAAUUCAACACUGAACUGCAAGAACCAUGCUCUGAUGGGGCGCACAAGUCCUCCCAAAAACUACCUUAUGACUGUCUCCAGUUAGACCUAUUGUGUGUACUGUGGGACACGCUGAGAGGUCAAUACAUACACCAGCGAUUGGGUAAAGAUGUCACCCAUACUGAUUUUAUUUCUGAACUCGGGUAAAACUUAACACAUCCCUAUUAAAAAUGAUAUUUUGUUGCUAUGUUCAGAGGCUCUUGAAAAUUUCCCGUUUUUAAAUGCAUUGGAAAUGCUAAACAUUCAACCUGUAGCUCAAAAUUAUUCCCCAGAAGUUUUCAUUUGGUACAACUUGAUGAAUGGAUGGUGCUUUGGACAACUAGCCCAUGCUCUCUUUGCACUGGCCGGGUUUAGUUUUUGGUAAGUCUUGACUUAAACUUGAGCCUUAUUUAUAAAACAAUUUGGACACUAACUUUUAUGGUUUAAAUUAAAUGGUGCAAUAAUACUGUGUCUCAAAAUAAGCAGGAUGAAUGCAUUGGUGCCAUUCCAAAAAAAAUUUAUUAUAGGAACAAUGCCCUGACAAUUUUAUGAACCAUUUUAUCUUAGGAUGCACUACUUUUAAAUUGGGGCCAAUCAUCCCUCCUUUCUUCCAAAUUGGAUUUGCUCUACUAUUUAUGCUUUAUGUGCUUGACUAAAUGAGAACUGCCUACUGUUGCUCUGAAGCAACUCAUUCCUGACUUGUUCUUCAGUUGGAAUUAUAUUGAAUAUUACUGCCAUGGCUUGGAUCUUCUCGUGCAAUAGGGCCCCGGGUAUUCAAAGAUCAGCCACACACACUAUUUGGGAAGCUAAAUGGCUUAUUUGUUGUACUGUGACACGCAUUGUGGCAUCUCUAUCCGAGACCGUGCACACAUUACAUUACAGUACUUUUUUUUUUUUGUAAUGUAAUGAUUUAUUCCCAGUGGGUUAAGAUUUGGCCUAAGCAUUGUAAUUUUGUAUCUAGGGGAUGUUAUGGGUGGGUGUUUUUGACCAGUCACCAUCUGGAUGUUUCUAUGUGGACUUUAAAGCUUUAAAGUUCCCUUCAUGGGUUCAUUGCCUAUCGAUAAUAAACCAGUAAUGGGUCAAAAAAAUGUGAUGUCGCUAAAACGGACACUUCUGUAGCCCAUGCUGAAUUGGUGUGUCCUCAUCUACAAUACAUUCUACUGAGCUGUUGAGCAGCUGGUCUUGUUUACCGUUUGAAUAUAGACAUUGUAGCAUUUUUAAGCUAAGAGCAAAGUUAUGCAUUUUAUGUACAUUUUUUUAAUGGAUGUGUACAUAUAUAGAUAUGUGUACAGUUUUGUACUUGACAAAGGAAUUUUAAGACAAUAAAACCUUUAUGAAUUCAAGUUG